CCCCCUGCAAAAUACAAGGCCACUUGCCGAUAGCUUAUUCCGUGUUUUUGUGAUAAAUUCAUUUUAUCAAUUCCUGUUUCCUAUUAUCAAUAGAAAUUGUUAAUUAUUAUUGUCAAUUGAAUUAUUACCAGUAAAUUAAGAGUGUGAAAAAUGGGGAAACAUCUGCAAACUGUUGCCGCUCUGGCGUGCAUGAAAAGUUUCCUUAUGGUGUUUAAUUUUAUUUUUUGGGUGUCUGGUUUCGCAAUUCUCGCAAUCGGCAUAUGGAUGGAAAUUGAACUCUACAAAUACAUGGAAAUGAGCACUGAAUUUAGCGGUACUGCCCCAUAUGUUUUAAUUGGUACUGGAUCGUUGAUUAUCCUUAUUGGUUCUUUGGCUUGUUGUUGUACUGUUAAAGGGCAACCUGUUCUUUUGUAUGUGUACGGCGGCUUUCUAGCGAUCGUUUUCGUCCUAGAACUGGGAGCUGGAGUAUCCAUUUUUGCUUACCGCACCAAACUCGCUGAAGGAUUCGAUAAAGGACUUACCAGAGCAAUGAUGAAUUAUCAUAACGUCAAUAGCAGUCAAGUUUCAUCUGAUUUAGAUUUAAUUCAAAAAACGCUUCAUUGUUGUGGCAAUCAUAAAGCACGCGACUGGUUAGAUCUUCCUCAUGCCUUACCAAUACCGCAAUCAUGUUGCAUUAAAGACGGUUGUAAUACUGAAUUGGAACGAGAUGAAAUUUAUACUCAGGGUUGUUGUGAUAAAGUCAUCGAAUUUCUGGAUGCCAAUAUAGGAAUAGUCGCAGGAGCAGCUGUUGGAAUUGCUUUCUUCCCACUGGUCGGCGUGGUGCUUUCUUGUUGCUUAGCUAGUGUUAUAAACAAAACCAAAUAUGAACCAAUGGCCUAAUUAUUUUGACUGUUUAGAAGCGCAUACAACAGAUGUGAUUUUUUUAUCAAAGAAAAUUCUGGAAGUUGAAUGAUUUUGAAUAUCUUUAAAAUUAUCUUAACCUUGUAAUCUUUAUAGUCACUUAUGCUCAUUUAUAAAACAUAUACAAUUAUAAGGUAUUUUAUUAUUGAGUGAGUAUUUUUGUCCUAUUAUUAAAAAAUGUAUUUUUGAAUAUAUAAAAAAAAAUGUAAAUAUGACAUAAUUAUUUAAGAUAUAUCGUUUUAAGAGAGUAAAGUGGAAUUAUCAAAAGGAGAGAUUCGAAUUUUUUUGGAACUGACGAACUGAUUAAAUAUGGAAAUUACGUUAGAUAAUGACUAUGUAUUCAAAUUAUAGCACCAAUAUUAUAAAACGCACUUUUAUCCAAUGUUAUAUUCGUAAAAGCUUAAACAAAUAAAUGAAGAAAAUUAUGUGAUUGUGAGUUAUAAAUCAUUUUAUCUACUCUGAAA